GCCGGUCGGCUAAGUUGACGGCGGAUGGUACUGAAGUAUUUUGUUGAUCGCAGAUGAAUAUUUGUGUGGACGGUGACGAUGCAAAUUUUAUUAUAAAUGCUGAGGAAGGGAGAAAAAGGAGUUGUGUAGUUGUUGCUUUGGAAUUUCUGACUUGGUCAAGAAGUGUGAAUGUGUUGUUUAAAGAUAGUGACGUUAUAAUUACACAAAUUCUCAUGACUGGUGCUCUUAUCGGGUGUGCAACUCUUGGAUUAUCUGGUAACGUCAAGAGGGUCGAUAGAAAAUGAGUUCGAGCGUGUGCUAUAAAUGUAACCGGAUGGGUCACUUCGCAAGGGAGUGUCCUCAGGGUGGUGCUGGCGGCGGACGAGGAGACCGUGGACGUGAUCGUGACGGUGGCUUUGGACGCGGUCGCGAGAAGUGCUUCAAGUGCAACCAAUAUGGACACUUCGCACGUGAGUGCAAGGAGGACCAGGACCUCUGCUAUCGUUGCAACGGCGUGGGUCACAUUGCAAAAGACUGCCAGCAGGGGCCCGAGCUGAGUUGUUACAACUGUAACAAGACGGGUCAUAUCGCGCGCAGCUGCCCGGAGGGCAACGACACUGGGCGCUUCUCAUCGCAGAGCUGCUACACUUGCAACAAGGCUGGCCACAUCGCACGCAACUGUCCUGAGGCCGUCGGCAAGACCUGCUACGUCUGCGGCAAGCCCGGCCACAUCAGCCGCGACUGCGACCAGGACGACAGGAAGUAGGAGACGACCGGAAGCUGUGCCGCUCGCUUAACGAUAACGAUAAGCCGUUUACCGUCGCGUGCGCCAUUACCGGGGAUUGUAGCUAGGUAGGGA